AUGGGAAUAAGGGGAAGUCACAGUAGUAGGAAUAUGGAAGAUUUCAAAAGGUUUAUUGAGGAUAUGAAUCUUUUGGAUAUUCUGUUUAUUGGAGGCAGAUUUACGUGGUAUAAAGGGAAUGGAACGGCUAUGAGUCACCUUGAUAGGUUUCUCAUAUCUAAUAAGAUGAUAGAUGAUUGGCGUAUUAUUGAUCAAAGAGUGGGAGAGAGGGAUAUUUCAGAUCACUGUCAUAUUUGGCUCAAUAUGGGGAAAUUAGAUCAGGGUCCAAAGCCUUUUAGGUUCAACACUUGGUUCAAACAUGGGGGCUUUUUACCUUUCUUAAAGGAGGAAUGGGGAAAGUUAGUAGUGGAAGGGCGUGGGGAUUUUGUACUAUAUGAGAAGCUGAAGAGAUCGAAACCAAUUCUUAGGAAGUGGAAUCGCGAUAUUUUUGGCUGGAUUGAUCUACAGAAUAGGCGGAGGAGGAAUGUGAUUACUGCAAUUAUGGAGCGGAAUGGUCUUGUAGAAGGGGUGGUAGAUGUGAAAGAGGAGGUGAAAUGUCACUUUGAAGAGCUUUUCAGAGAUAGUAGUGGGAGCAGACCUGUGCCAUAUGAAUUAAACUUUAAAUGUCUAAGUGAGGAGGAUAGUAUGUGGUUGGAUAGGCCUUUCUCUGAAUUUGAAAUUAAAGAUAUGGGUUGGGCCUGUGACGGGAAUAAAAGCCUGGGGCCAAACUGGAAUAAAUGCUUGUCUUGGGAGUUUAUCAAACUGGAUGUGCUCAAAUUCGUGACGAUUUUCUAUAAGGAUGCUAAGUUAACAAAAGCAGCAACUUCUUCAUUCAUAGCGCUUGUUCCUAAGAUUUAUAAUCCUUAA